GGCUGGUAGGAGGGAGGAAGGAUGCGUGCCGGUAACUUUUUGUCGGCCUUGCAAGUGCGAGUAGUCGCGCUCCACGGAGCUGCCUCCGGCCGCCGGGCGAGCGCAGAGCGAGUGUGCCCGCCGCUGCCCCUCCCCCACUUCCGCCUCCCGCCUCUUCCUCGUUCCCGGCUCCCAGAGCCAGUCGUCCAGCUGGAACCAGAAACCCCACUGCUGGGAUGCUGGCUGCUGUGGGGUUCCCGAGGCCCAGGUCCCACUGUUGUUUUUCUCAACUUCACAGCUGUACUUGUCUUGCUUAUUAUCUUUCCAGGGGCUGACAUGGACCCAAAUCCUCGGGCAGCCCUGGAGCGGCAACAGCUCCGCCUUCGGGAGAGGCAGAAAUUCUUCGAGGACAUUUUACAGCCAGAGACAGAAUUUGUCUUCCCUCUGUCCCACCUGCAUCUUGAGUCACAGAGGCCCCCCAUAGGUAGUAUCUCAUCCAUGGAAGUGAAUGUAGACACACUGGAACAAGUAGAACUUAUUGAUCUCGGGGAUCAGGAUGGAACAGACGUGUUCUUGCCUUGUGAAGAUCCUCCACCAACGCCCCAGACUUCUGGGGUGGAUGACCAUCUAGAGGAGCUGAGCCUGCCAUUGCCAGCGCCAGACAGGACUACAUCCCGGACCUCCUCCUUGUCUUCUGACUCUUCCACCAACCUGCAUAGUCCAAAUCCAAGUGAUGGUGGAGCAGAUACACCCUUGGCACAGUCUGAUGAGGAGGAAGAUGGGGGUGAUAGAGGAGCAGAGCCUGGAACCUGCAGCUAGCAGCGGCCCCCUGCUGCAGACUGACCAAGCUGGCUAUUCUCCAAGUGGGACCCCAGGCCCAGCCAGAGCUCUUCAGGAGAAGACCAGACACUACGCUUACAGUCAGCACCAAAAGGAGGGGAGGAUGGUGGGAUAGUGUACCUCUCUGAGCGUUAACCCUCUCCUGCUUUUCUGCUAACCUUUUCCCGCUGCAACCCUUCCACCAGUUUUUGGCUUACUUCUGAGGUAGGACUUUUAAAUGGGGAGUUGGAAGAUGAGGAAGGACAAGAUGCUAUUGCUUUUCUUAGCACUCCUCCCUCCCUCAAAUCAUCCUGUAGUUUUCCAGUAGAGCCUCCUAAACCAGUGUCUCUAAGUGGAUGUGAACUCCUUAGCACUCCAUAUGAGGUGGAACGCCAGUUAUCCUGCCUCCUUACAUCCUUUUUGGAACAAGACACAGUAUAAAUAAUAAACAAAAAUAAUAUACCAAC